AUGCCAAAAUAUAACUGCUGUGUGCCAGGUUGUAGCAACAGCCACAGAAAUAAGCCUCGCGAUUUCAAAUUUUAUUGCUUGCCAAAGGAUUUAGAACUACGUAAAAAAUACGAUGUUCUUAUAAGAAACGACAACCUCAAAGUGGCGUCUCCGAACACAAGGAUUUGUUGUGAUCACUGGGAAGGCGGGAAAAAAUUGAGCAGAACUCAUCUUCCGUCUGUUUUUCCGUGGACUGUACGUAAAGAACAACGCAGAGAGAUAACCAGAGCCAGUCAGGAAAAAAUUAGUAAACACAAACGCAAGAAAAAGAACUUUAUGCAAAAUUAUGAAGUUGAUAUUGAAAGCGAACAACUACAAAACGACCAAGCAUCUCAUCUUCAAUCUUCUGCUACUCAGACAGACUUGGCAUGUUUCUGCAAAGCUAAGGACGAUGUCCUGCUACUUCAAGACGUUAAAAAGCAAAUUAUAGAAGAAAAAAUAUUUCUCGAAAGUGAACUGCUGCGUUUAACAAAAUUACUUGAAAUCACCAAAAACAACCUGGCAAGAGAACAACAACGACAAAGUAGAUUUGAUAUUGACAAAUACAAAUCAAGUGAUUCUGAUAUAGAGUUCUAUACUGGUUUAUCUAACUACAAAAUGCUGACAUUUUGUUUCAAUUUAGUUGAGGAGUCAAGAAUUGAUAUUAAUGGUGAUAAUACAGAUGACACACAGAUUAGAAGACCAAAGCUUGGUAGGCCAAGAGCACUAAGUUGUUAUGAAGAAUAUAUUUUGGUUUUAAUGAGAUUAAGAUUGGGCCUUUUUGAAAAGGACUUGGCUCACCGAUUUGGCGUGGCAGUUGGUACAGUCUCGAACAUCAUUCGCAAGUGGAUAAAACUGCUCCGUGCAAAACUUGGGUCAUUAAUCAGAAUGCCAGAAAGAGAUACAAUCAAAUAUUACAGCCCCCCUGCAUUCAAACAGCUCUUCCCCCAGGUAGUUAUUGUAAUUGAUUGCACAGAGAUUGAGAUGGAAAGGCCAUCAGCUUUGAACAAUCAGUCUGCCUGUUAUUCUUCUUACAAAAGCAGACCAACAAUGAAGGUUUUAAUUGGAAUCACACCUAGUGGUGUGUUGUCGUACAUCAGUGAGUUAUUCCUGGAAGCACUUCUGAUUUGGAAAUAG